AUGUCUUCAUAUCCUUUCAGCCAGUCUUCUCCUUUUCUUGACCUGUUGAACAGUCAACAGCCACUAGAAUCUUCGCAGCCUCCAGUCUUCUGUUCUCAAGGGUUUCAUGGAGAUGCAACCCUCGGUGAAGACAAGGAGAAGGAGAAGGAAACAAGCUCCAGGAGGGUGUGGACGCCGACUGAAGAUGUGCUUCUGAUUAGUUCUUGGCUCAACACAUCGAAGGAUCCUGUCGUCGCAAACGAGCAGAGGUCAGGUACUUUUUGGAGGACAAUUGCUGACUACUUCAAUGGAAGCCAAAAGGCAUCAGAGAGUGUAAACCGUGAGCCCAUUGCGUGUAAACAAAGGUGGCAGAAGAUAAAUGAAGCAAUUUGCAAAUUCUGUGGUGCCUAUGAAGCUGCAACAAGGCAGAGAACAUCUGGCCAAAACGAUAAUGAUGUUCUAAAGCUUGCACACGAGAUUUACUACAAUGACAAUAAGAAGAGAUUCACAAUGGAUCACGCCUGGAAGGAGCUCUGUAGUGAUCAAAAAUGGUGUGAGCAGAACAGCUACAAGUUCGAUGGAGGUUCUAAACGACGAAGGGUUGAAGAUGGAGCUCAGGCGGAUCCAGCUGAAGAGGCCGAUGAAGUGCAAGCAGUAAGCAGGCCUCCGGGUGUUAAGGCCUCAAAAGCCAAAGGGAAGAAUGCAGGCUUUGUGAUCGAUGAGAAAGCUGUUUCCAGUUUUAAUGAUAUGUGGGGCAUAAAGGAGAAGGAACUGGCCAUAAAGGAGAGAAUGUCGAAGAUGUCAUUGCUUGACCGUCUCAUCGCCAAGAACGAGUCCCUGAUAGAGUUCGAAGAAGCUAUGAAGCAGAAGCUGAUAACAGACUUGUUGAAUGAAUAA